UUACUUUGUUGCAGGAAUGAUAUUUAUUGAAUAAGUUGGCGAAGAUGCUAUCCAUGCCAUGUAACUAGGGCAGGAACACAGUGGUGGGUUUGAUUACAAGUUUGUAAGCUCUAAUAUAUAAUUAAACCCGUUGGGGUGGUAGGAGCCAAACUACACAUUCCAACGUCCUGCUGAGCAUUGUAUCUGUGAGCAUUGCAUCUGUGAGAACUUUCCUAGUCGAGAAAUUCCUAACGUUCUACUGAGCAUUGUAUCUGUUAGAACUUUCCUGGUGGGGGAAUACCAUCAUAAGUCUGAACUUUAUGAUUGGAGGAUAAACAAGUCUCAUGAUUAGUUGUUUAUGUGAGCAUUGUAUCUGUGAGAUCUAGUAAGGAUAACUCCGGAAGGUGGUGGGGAGUAAGGGAGGAGAUAGAUGUGGCCAGUGUAGAAGAUUGAUGUAACGAUUGGUGCAAGGUUGAGGAUGUUUGUGGUUUAUGGAGAUGUGGACAUGCUAACUUAUUUCUGGUACUUAGUACGAUGUUGAAAUCGGUCUGAACGAGAAAAAUUCCUUUUGUAACCAGACCAGAUCGGAAUCCGUUCGAUAAAAUGAGAGCUGCAUAAUGAAGGGCUUUUAGUCUACCUUGGUGGAGCAAACUUGACUCUUGAUGCUGCUAGCUGCUAGCUGCAACGACUCACUCAAACACUAAAGGGGUGUUUGGUCAGAUACAGGAUAAGCUAUUUUUUGGCCUUUUUUUUAAAAAAAAGUCGGUGAUACUUGUGUGUCUUUUCUGUAGGGAUCACUAACUCUUCCUUUUUCUUUUCUAAAAAGAAUCUGAUUUUUCACUCUGAGGUCCAAAUUAGAGGCGGCUGUGCGAAACGACUGUGUGUUUUGUCAUCCAUUGGCACAAGUAAAAUCUUAUUCCCAUUUUUCCUAAAGGAAAAAAUGACUGAAAUAAUCCUAAUUAUGGAACGCGAGUUUUUUUUUAUUUAUUCUCGACUAUGAGUUAUUUCCAAAUGAGUCUAGUUAUGAUAUGCGUCUUCAAAAUAUAUUAUAGUGACCUAAAGAAAUUUGUUCGGCAAGGUAAAUUAAUUAAGUGUUACAUUUUUAUUAGAUUUGUAAUUUUCAAAAUUUUAAAUUUUCUUUGUAUCUUUCGUUCAUUCCUCUGUAAACAAGUGACCUAUUUUCUCCUUGCCAGUUUUACUGGCGGGCAUGGGCCAUGUCGGGAGACCCACAGGCCUCGUGCCAUGGGGGUUUGUCCCUAGAACGGUUCAAGAUCAAUUCGUGUCGUGUCGGGCUCAUACUGAGUUAGAAAAUAAGGCCCAUGCACAACUCGACCCAUAUUUUGCGUUAGGUUGAUUGGUGUCGUGGGUCACUUAUAAAAUUUAAGCGUGCCAACUGGAAGGCUAGCCCAUUGUGCUCGUGUCAAAUUUUUAAAAAUGCUGUCCAUGCAUAACCUAUGGCCCAUGAGCGUGCCUCUUAUGUCGUGUCAUGCCAAUAGCGGGCAUGUUGGGUUCGGCCCAACUCUUAUUGUGCCAAGCUGAGCCGACCCGGCCAAUGCCCAAUUCUACUAAUUCUCGUUACAACUUUGACAGGUGACGACAACUCUCUUGAGUGGCUUUUUGACUAAUGGUCGUCCGCCAAACCACCUCCACUACACCUUCCUCACUUUCCAUGGCAGUCCAACCUAAGAGGCUAAAACUAGGUUCACAGUUGACGGUGCUAUUGUUUACGCAAUUCCCUUUGCUUAGAUUCCCAUUUUCUCUGUCCUCCAAACCUCUUUCUCCCACCCUCAUGGACAAGGCAAAGGUAGAGAUAGCGACGGUUAGAGAUUAUAGUGGGUAAUGGACUCUACCCGCAUUUGUGGAUUCUGAUCCAUUUUUGAUGGAUCUUGGUCCUUUUUGAAUAUUAUGGAUUCGGUUGAAAAAAGGAUAUAGACCGGUCCUAAAUUAUUAUCCGAAUUCAGACCCAUCUACUCGUUUUUAUAAUAUUAUAUUUAAUAUUAUAUUAUCAUAAUAUCAUAAUAUUAGUUAUUACAUGUAAAGACAGAUUUUUGCUUGAAUUUCGAAUUAUUGUUUUGAAUAAUGUGCGACUUUUGUGCAAAUAUACCGAAUAAUUGAGUUCGAAAAUUGGAUUGAUAAUUGUUAAUUUUUCAGAAUAUAGUUAAUUAAUCUAUAGUUUGAUAAUUGAAUAGUUGUAAAUAGUUGCAACUUGCAAUGAUGAUUUUUCAGAAAUUAAAUGUAAUUUUUGGUUGAUAAUAGAGAUGACUUUAUUGUUUAAAAUCUUUAAUUAUUGUGAAAAUCAUGCUAGUUUGAAGAAAAUAGACAAGGAUCUGUUUAGAACUCGGAUGCAUACAGAUCUGGAUCCUCAUUCUUAUCACCUGAUGGAUCCGGGUAGGAUCUGGAUCCUUGCCUAAAAAACGGAUCUAGAUCUUAGAAAAUCUUGUCCAGAUCCUACCCAUUACCAUCUCUAGCGGCGGUGCACCACCACAACUAUGUUUUGACUGCGGACAAUGGUGUAUCCAAUUGAUCAUCUCCACUUAAUAUUCAUUUUUCUUUUCUUUCUAAGUUUCCUCACAAUUAACCAAACAAAAAAAGCAUUACUUUAAAAUUGUAUUUUCUCUUAAAACUUUUCCACUAAAAUAAGCCUAAGCAAUUUUCAAAUCAGCAAAGAUUUUGGAUUUCCACAACGCAGUUGUCCAUAAACUUGCCUAACUCAUCAUAAUUAUCCAUUGUAGAUGAUUCCUUAAUAAAGAAAUAACGGAAGCACAUAAGAUCAGAUUUAGACGAAGAUUUGUAAUUUGGUAUCUUUUGCCCUUCUAUUCGCCACAAUCGCCAGUGGCUCAUUCUCUGGGUGUACAUUAUCCUAUCUUAUCUCAUUCCUUCUUACACUUUCAUGCUGCCUAUUACUAUUAAACUAAUUCAUUCAAAGUUUCAAGUGGACGAUCAUAUAUACGCAAUCUUUUCAGAACUUGAAGCUUACAUCACAUAAAUUAAGUAUCUAAACACACAUUAAACUUGCUAAUUAGCAUUUAAUUACUUCCAUAAACAGACAAAAGUGAUGAUGAUGAUGCAAAAAAGUAGCUAAUUCUGUAAAGUAUCUAUGUCCCAUUAGUGACAUACUACAUAAUUAAACAAUGAUAAUCACACGAGUUUAAGUUUAGACAAACAAAUGGGUGCACUUUUAAUUUGUAUAUCCACAAUUAUAACUUGGUGUUUUUCCACCUAUUAUUGCUGCCAGGUAAGAUUUUGGUGAGUCAUAAUCACUUUUUGUGCACUUUUUUUUAUAUCUUCCUUCAUUUUUUGUCACUGUUUUCAUAUGUAUAAAUAGACUCUAUGACUUCGCCUAUCUCAAGUUAAACAUUGAUAUAUAUUCCAUUUAAUUAAACAAUGAUGAGAGAAGAAAAUCUGCGAAAGGGACCUUGGUAUGAAGAGGAAGAUGAACGGCUCAAAGCUUUCGUCGCGGUUUUGGGUGCACGACGAUGGGAUUCAGUAGCUAGGAUAUCAGGGCUAAGGAGGAGUGGAAAGAGCUGCAGGUUAAGAUGGUUGAACUAUCUUAGACCUUUUCUGAAGCAUGGUCCUAUAACUCCUGAAGAGGAGCACGUAAUAGUCAAGCUCCAUGAAAGAUGGGGUAACAAAUGGGCUAAGAUUGCUCGAAGAUUACCAGGAAGAACUGACAAUGAGAUCAAGAAUUAUUGGCGAACUCACCUAAGGAAGAAUAUGCAAAUGAAAAUUUCAUUACCACACAACUCUACCUCAUCUAAAUCCCCUUCAAACAACAUUUGGACGGUGGAAUUAUCUUCUUCAAGUGAUCAUACAAACAAUUAUUCCAUUCAAUCAGACGCCUCGCUUAAAGAAGGCGAUACGAUUACUCCAGAAAUAAGUAGCAACACUGAUAAUAUAACAUCUUGUACUGAUGAAACUAUUGGAGCUAUAAGUGGUCAUUCUAGCUCUUAUAACAAUGACGAUCAUCAGAAGGGAUUAAUAUCAGAUUGCAUGAUCACGAAUUCGCCGUAUGAAGACCGGUUAUCGGACUGGAUAAAUUUGCUGUUGAAAGAUGAGGAAACUGAUAAGUGUAGUUCAUCGGAGUUACGUUUAGAUUGUCCCAAAAGUUGGUGUCUUGGAGAUGAUAGUGCAUGGGACUUCCUUGAUACAAAGUGGGAUAUAGAUUUGUUCAAUAUGUAAAUAUAUUGAGUUUAAUAUAGUUAAAUGUGAGUGAUUAGACAACAACAACUUCUAAGGAUUAUAUUGUUGUUUUUACUGAUGAAUGAAUUGUUUAAAAUGAUGAAAAUUUCUUUAAUUUAUUAAUUUUUAUAGCUAAGGAAUCUCUAA